AUGCAGUCUGCUCUCAACAUCUCUACCAAGAACGACACCAAUAGCGUCAACGAACCAUUCGAGUCAUCAUCUUCGUGCGUAGUUGAGGGGUCAGAUCGUCGCCUUGCUUCUCGCUCAGACAGUUCUCUGGUUCUCGCUAAAUCUCGCACAUGGGGCACAAUCCCCGACCACUUCGAGAUACCGGACUUUUCAAUUCUAGUUGACGGGAAAGGCAAGUCUCCGCUUGCAGAUUCAACUCUUCCCGGGGCUUUCACAGUUGAUAGCUGCAAACUCGGUGACGAAUUUGUCGACAUCAGCAUCAUUCCUGGCUUACGGGGCAAGGUCAUUGGUAAAGGUGUCACGGCUACUGUCAAAUUAAUGCACGGAAAAGGGACCGGAAAGCAGCACUAUUAUGCGGUGAAGGAAUUCCGCAGAAGUCGCAAGGAGAGCCUGCAAGCUUACGACAGAAAGGUCAAACUCGAGUUCAGCAUCGCCAGGAACUUGCAUCAUCCUAAUGUCGUGGAGACUGUUCGUCUUUGCUCCCACGCAGGCCGUUGGUCUCAUGUUAUGGAAUACUGCAGUCAAGGGGACUUGUUUACAAUCGUGCAACAACGAUAUCUUUCGUUUGAAAGUCAACUGUGCCUGUUCAAACAACUCUUCCAAGGCGUCGCAUAUUUACAUAGCAUUGGAAUUGCGCACCGCGAUAUCAAACUGGAAAACCUGCUCUUGACGGGAGACAGUCACUUAAAGAUCACCGACUUCGGAUGCGCCAAAGUCUUCAGUGAGCUCCGCCGAGAUCUGCGGUUAAAUGACGGGGGAUGCGCGGAAGUAUUUGGUAAGAUUCGCAAAUGUGGCCCUGGUGUUUGUGGCAGCCUGCCAUAUAUUGCACCAGAAGUUCUGGCAGAAGACCGAAGCUACGACCCGCGCUUGGUCGACAUAUGGUCUUGUGCCAUCGUUUGCCUUGCCAUGAUCCACUGCGGUACGCCGUGGGGCGCAGCAGAAGAAAAGGACGCCGGGUAUUCUCGCUAUCUCAAAUGGUGGAAAGAGUUCUUGAGAAGCGAGCCUGACCGAAUUAUCACAGGGGAUGUAUAUCCUAAAAUCGGGAAAUUCUUCUCGGAUCUUCGCACAAAACCUCUUCUGCGUCUUAUGUUACGGAUGCUCCAUCCUAUCCCAGAGAGACGGGCUACCAUUUGCGAUGUGAUGAAUGAUCGCUGGGUCAAGAGGAUUGAAUGCUGUUGCCCGGAACCAGGGAAGCCGUCUAAUUGCUUUGAGGAAUUCGAUGGCAUAGUUUAUCGAAAGGUCCACAAUCAUUUACCCCCGGCAAAGAAAGGUAUCUUCCAGCGCUAUAUCUAG